UGAAAACACGUCACCGUUACAUUAAACGUAUACAAGAAGAGGAAUCGAAUUUUUCCUCGAACGCGAAGUUCAAAUGUUAAUUAUGUGAAAAUUAUUUCAUUUAAGAAAUUAUAAAUUUUUCAUCAUGAUUGAAAUUCUAACCUAACUUUCUCUCGUUUGGACAUAUAGUAGCAUAGAACAAAAUAUGAUGUCCAAUGGUGUUCAGAUUUCAACCAAAAAGAUUGGAGAAAAAUUAAUGACAAACAACACAAGUUGUUCACCUAUAACAUCGUCGACAUUGAAUUCACCGUUGAUGAAGUUAUCUUCGUACUUCUUAGCUGUACGACCUUGGUCUUUAAGUGCUUCGUUAAUGCCAACACUUCUUGGAUCUGCACUUGCAUAUCGGUUAACAGGCUUGGCAAACUUUAGUUGGAUAUCUUUUGUUCUCACAUUAUAUACAGUGUUUUGUGUACACGGUGCUGGUAAUGUAGUAAACACUUACUUUGAUUAUGUAAAAGGAGUAGACAGCAGAAAAAGCGAUGACAGAAUAUUAGUAGAUCAACUUUUGUCAAAGGACGAAUUGGUUUCGUUAGGUGCAUUGUUAUAUGCUGCAGGAUGUUUAGGUUUUGUUUUAUUGACUACUAUAUCUCCUGCAAAAAUGGAGUUACUCGCGCUUGUGUACUUCGGAGGUUUGUCAUCUUCAUUUCUUUAUACAGGGGGAAUAGGAUUUAAAUACAUUGCGUUAGGUGAUGUUCUUAUCUUAGUUAUAUUUGGUCCAAUUUCUGUUUUAUUUGCAUUCAUGGCUCAAACUGGAUAUGUUGAAUUAGGUACAAUAUAUUAUGCUAUACCACUUGCAUUAAACACAGAGGCUAUACUACACAGUAACAACACACGAGAUUCGGAGAGUGACAAAAAAGCAGGAAUAGUAACGUUAGCUAUUUUAAUAGGUCACACUGUAUCUCAUGUUUUGUAUGCUUUUUUAUUAUUUACACCAUACGUAACACUUGUGGUGCUUGCACUAAGGUAUUCUGUUUGGUUUUUGUUACCAGUGGUUACUUUGCCAACUGCCUUCAAAAUAGAAAAGCAAUUCCGAAAUCCUCAUAUGAUUCAGAGUGUGCCUAAACAAACAGCUAAAUUAAAUAUGUUUCUAGGCAUUUUAUAUGUUGUUGCUUGUUUACUCGUGGAUCCUCUUCCCUAUUUGUAAUAUGCUCGAACGUUCCAGCAAUUAUACGGUCAGUUAAUAGCCGAUCUAAUGCGUAAUCUCAAAAUAAAUUUUUCAUUUGUCUCUGGGUUGUUAUGGAUCAUCCAUUAUGCAAUUAUUGGAUUAUUCAGAUUUGUUUUUUGUUGUUGCAAGAAAGUAAUUUCUAUUGUCUUCUUUGUGCGAGCAUUAUCAUGUACAUUACAAAAAUUGUUUUCAGGUUUCUGUAUUAUACUGCCAUUUUUUGUAAUGCAAUAAACAUUUAGAAAUGACUUUCUAGCAAUGCGAUAAUCUUGGAUAUGUACAAAGUGGUUACAUCAUUUAGAAACUGAAUUUGUGCUUGUAUUUCUAUAAUGUGUGUAAUAAACAUAAUAUUCUCGUACUUAAAGCAGAUGUAAAAAUGUGAAUUUCAAAUUUAUGAUUAUUUAAAUAUUGAUGUUUAUAUAUAAUUUAUCUCAUUGUUUAGAAUUUUAAGUAGUAUUAUUUAUAUGAAACUGUAUGCAUAUCCUAAAAGUUUUGUAAUCUUAAAUCAUAACAAAACUUAACAUUAAUGUUUCCACAUUUUAUAAAUUGAU